UUGAGCCAGUCAGUUAUGUACACAAGUAAACAGAGCCCUAAAAAGUGACACUAAGAUGGCGUCGUCACGAAUGUUGUUCAGCUUUUGAGGGGUACACAAACCUGGUAUCUAAGAUUGCAGAUAGGACAUAAUUGUUUUAGAAAUGGCAUCGUCUCCACAAGGUAUAUACGCUGGCCUCAAGACCGAAAUGAAAAAUGCAUAUUACACUGAGACCAUGGUCGACAAUCUCGAGAACUUCAGAACUGAGGCUUCAGCCUAUCUAUCUGGACCAGGUGAAUAUGAAGACCUUACCUUUCUGAAGAUAUGUAAGAAUUUGGAAGGACACGGACAUAUUGGCUAUAAUAAUCUCGAGAUUCUCAAAAAACUUGUAAAAAGUACAACUGGAGGAAAAGAGCAACUUCUUCAUAUGAUCAACAAUGCCGAAAAAGAAAUACAGGAGAGUUUGUCAGGUUCAGCAUGCUGUUUGCCACAGGAGAUGGGUGCACAGAAACCGAAGCUGAAAGAUGAGGCAAUUGUUGUGUCAAUGAAGAAGAAAGAAUAUCGAGUAAAGGAGGGUAAUGUAGCUUUCUUAGACUGCACGGUGGACCCACAACCGAAACGUAUCAUCUGGAAAAAGGGAGACAAAAACCGAGUAGACAUACGAAUCCCUUUGAACAGUCAAGAAUACCAUUGUACAGGUCCGCCUAACCCAACACUUGUGAUACGGUCAGCAAAGAAAGAAGACACAGCUUACUAUCAAUGUACUGCCAAGGAUAUUGAUACCGCCAAUAAUAUUGAAAUAGAAGUUAAAGGCGUUAUUGUUCCAUUAAUAGUGGCUUCAGGAGCAAGUGGGUCGGACGGUUACAGAAAUGACAGAUCGAGGUCUCGUUCUCGGGACAGGCACAGGGAAUCUCGCAGUCGUUCACCGGAGGACAUGUAUGAAGGGGAGCAAACAACUAGAGGUACUGAUAAACUUAUAUAUCGAAUAAUAUCAUUUCUUUUUGUAACAUGACGACAAGGCGACUUCAAAAAACCUUAGUCUACAUUUGUCAUGGUGAUGACAAUAAAUUGUAUUCAGUCUUUUUGGACGUAAUAAAUAAUUUUAGAAAAACAGUUAUAGAAAGAACGUUCACCAAAAUUUAAGGUUUUCGUCAUAGGAAUAAUAGAGUUAGGGGAUAGUACGUUGUUUUGAGUAGCUAAACUGGUAUAUUGAUCUAUCGGUCUCGAGUUCAAACCCAAAUUUCAUGUUCUAAUCGCCAGUAU